AUGAAAAAAAAUAUGAAAGAAUCAGAGGAACUUCGGAAGCAAUUAGAUUUAGAGAGGCUUCAGAGUGAUACACGAAAAUUGAAUAUUUCAAAAUCAAUAGCAGAAUUUGAAGUGCUUGAAGGAGAAUUGGAAAAACACAGAAAAUGCUGGCAUCAGGAAGUAGACGAUAUCUUUGAUAAACACAAGAGUUUAAUUACGUCCAUGAGAGAGAACGCGAUAAAAUCUCUUACCGAACAAAAUCAUGCACCAAAACAUGUGAUCGAGAGAAAGCUCCAAAUCAUAAAAGAAAACAAAGAUAUCAUAAGGUCCAAAUCAGUCUCUAAGGUUGUCAACUACAAAACAGAAUUUCAGGAAUAUAAAGCUUCACCUAAAGAGAUUGAUGCUAUAGUAACUGUUCCUUCCUUAAAAGUAAAGACAGAUCGAGGUAAAGAACUCGACAUGGAAUAUGGAGAGGGUGAACUGAUAUAUACUGAUACUGACAGUGUGAUAAUUGUCAGAUCUGGUAUGACAGAAAAUUUGAUAAAAACGCCUGAAGGCUGGGAACCAUGGGGAUUAUGCUGCACCAAUUCAGGUGAUAUCCUCGUCAAUAUGGUUACGAAUGCUGUUAUCCAUGAUCACAAAAUAGUUCGUUAUGCAGGACAGAAAGCAGUACAGGACAUUCAGAAAGAUUCUGAUGGAAACCCUUUUUUUCAAAGUGGAAACUUUAUAAUUUGUUUAGCUGAAAACAGAAACGGGGACAUCUGUGCCUCUGAUGGAAAUGCAAAGAAAGUAGUCGUGAUGGACAAGGAAGGGGCUGUCAGAUUCCGGUACACAGGAUAUCCAGCCAAAAGGAAGAAAUAUUUCUGUCCAGAGCACAUAGCUACUGAUUCCAAGAGUCAGAUCAUUGAGACGGAUCACAACAAUGAUUGUCUGCAUAUUCUUGAUCAGAAUGGAGAAUUCUUACAAUGUGUGGAUGACUGUGGAUUAGACACACCGGGAGGACUGAGUAUAGACAACAAGGGAAGGUGUUGGGUUGGGUUGCAUUCUGGAAAAUUGAAAGUGAUUUCAUUGAACAUGUAA